GGCAUAAUCUAGGGCGCAACUGUUUUUGCUCGACUGCGGAGCUGAAAAUACUAGGAACACGAAACAAUCGUUUUCCCUAAAAAUCCUUGAAUGUGUUUGCAUUGCUCACCGUUAUUUUGCUUCUAUUCUUCCCUCUAUCUUUCGUAGUAUUGCAAUUCUGGAACGGAAUUUUCCAUCUGAUUGGCACGAAUUGCGCAAAACAACCGCGAACCAGGCAAAAUGAGUGAUAGAAAGCUUCGCCGCAGCAAUUCCAUUGGCCGAUCCCUGCUGAAACUGCAGGGCUUCGAUUUUGCACAGGAUUUCGACAAAGGGGCCAGCGCGAAAGAGGAGCACCGAUGGCUGUUCGAAAUAGCCUGGGAAGUGGCUAACAAGGUGGGCGGCAUAUACACCGUAAUCCGUUCGAAAGCACAAGUGACCGUGGAUGAAAUGGGAGAGCAGUAUUUACUGAUGGGUCCGUACAAUGAGCACUGCGUCCGCACGGAAGUGGAAGUCAUGGAGCCAGAUCAACCGGAUAAAAAGACUAUAGAGAGCAUGCGAAGCCAGGGCAUCGGGGUUACUUAUGGGCGCUGGCUGAUUGAUGGAUAUCCACGCGUGGUGCUGUUCCAAAUCGGGAGUGCUGCUUGGAAGCUGGAUGAGUGGAAAAAAGAAUUAUUUGAAAAGGGUGGAAUCGGAAUUCCUUGGUUAGAUAAGGAAUGCAAUGAUUGCCUAAUCUUUGGCUUUCUGGUUGCUUGGUUCAUUGGCGAAUUUCGAGUCAACUGCAGAGAGCGACCGUAUAUUGCUUGCCAGUUUCACGAAUGGAUGGCCGGUGUUGGAUUAAUUCUUUGCCGUACUCGUGCCAUCGAUGUGGCGACGAUUUUCACAACUCACGCUACCCUCCUGGGACGAUUUUUAUGUGCCGGUGCUGUGGAUUUUUAUAAUAACUUAGACAAGUUCAACAUCGACAAGGAAGCAGGUGAUCGCGGGAUUUAUCACCGCUACUGUAUGGAGAGAGCCGCGGCAAACUUUGCUCAUGUCUUCACUACCGUAUCACAAAUUACUGCGGAUGAAUCUAUCCAUUUGCUCAAAAGAAAUCCUGAUGUCAUCACACCAAAUGGGCUGAAUGUUAAGAAGUACACUGCGAUCCAUGAAUUUCAAAAUUUGCAUGCCAAAUCGAAGGAAAAGAUUAACGAUUUUGUGCGCGGGCAUUUUUACGGGCACUUCGACUUUGAUUUGGACAAAACUGUCUACUUUUUUACGGCUGGACGCUACGAAUUUAGCAACAAAGGAUGCGACAUGUUCAUCGAAUCUUUGGCUCGCUUGAACCAUUGGUUGAAAGCUUGCGGAUCGGAAACGACGGUUAUUGCUUUUAUUAUUAUGCCGGCAAAGACUAAUAAUUUCAACGUCGAUUCACUGCGUGGUCAAGCUGUCGUAAAGCAGCUUCGUGAUACCGUCAAGGAUAUUCAAGAAGCCAUCGGUAAAAGGGUUUUCGAUAUAUCUUUGCGAGGACAUUUACCGAAAUCGGAAGAGCUGAUGAACGAAGACGAGAUGGUGCGGCUUAAGCGCUGUAUGUACGGUGCGCAGCGGUACAGUUUGCCUCCAAUCUGCACCCAUAACAUGGUGGAAGACCAUUUGGAUCCGGUUCUGAAUGCUCUGCGACGCUGCAAUAUGUUUAACAUGCGUUCGGAUCGCGUGAAGGUAAUUUUCCAUCCGGAGUUUUUAUCUUCAACUAGUCCUUUGAUUCCUAUGGAUUAUGAUGAUUUUGUUCGCGGGUGUCAUCUUGGUGUCUUCCCGUCAUACUACGAGCCAUGGGGUUAUACACCUGCCGAAUGCACCGUAAUGGGAAUCCCUAGUAUUACAACCAACCUGUCCGGCUUCGGUUGCUUCAUGGAGGAUCACAUAAUAGACCCACAGUCGUAUGGAAUCUAUAUUGUGGAUCGUCGUUUUAAGAGUCCAGAUGAGUCGGUCAACCAACUCGCGCAGUGUAUGUUUGAUUUCACUCGGCAGACCCGGCGUCAGCGAAUUAUCCAGCGCAACCGCACUGAACGACUAAGCGAUUUGUUCGACUGGAAAAAUUUGGGAAUGUACUACAUCAAAGCACGAAAUCUUGCAUUGUCGAGAGCUUUCCCGGACGAGUUCCCUACCGGUGAUGAGUCCAAGAGUCGUCCAAUCUCGCGACCGAUGUCGGCGGCGUCUUCUCCCGUUGGUUCUCGUUCAUCCACUCCGGUGCCGCAGGCAACUGAGUUAGCGGAAGCGGAUGGGACUUCAUCGUCGGAUGAGGAUGACGGACGCCGACAUGAGUAAAUAAAACGAGCUAAGACAGAUUUACCAAGAUCAUGUUUACCAAGUGUUGCAUGUUUAAUUUCUGUUAAGGGUUUAUUUAUUUUGGUUUUUAGCUUUUAGUUGUAUAAUUCUCAUGUAGAGGUUUACUGCAGUGUGCCACGCGCUUACAUUGGGUUUCAAUUUCGCUUUUGGGUGAUGGUGCAAUUGGUGAUGCUGAAUUAUUGCUGAUUAGAGAUUCAACUAGUUUGCAGCCUUGACGGCUUUUCUUUCAACAGAGGUGCUCCAAAUUACCUGGAUUGAUUUUGUGUACUGCUAACAGGCGGUACACUAAGUACUAUGCAAGUAAUAUAUUUCUGGCAAUGUCAGCUUUCGAAGUUGUUGUGA